UUUCCUUCGGAGAGGAAACACAACAAGGUCCUGGACAUGAAUCUCUUCAUUUAUGUCCUCCUUUUAUCAAUUUGGACAAAUAAUUGUUUAGAUAGGAAUGAAAGCAAUGGAUCUGCUACUGCAGUAACUACACACGUUGAAUCCAAGCAGAGCAAACUGGAGGAAUUAAGGCGACGUAUCCUCAUUACUGUAAUUGGCGUCCUCAUCAUCGGCUAUACAGUCACAUGUUCCUGCUUUCUUCACUAUACCUGUGAUGGUGAGGAAGCCCAUAACGCAGCCAAGGUCAAGAAGGAUGAUAUCACCAUCAAAGCAUCCACAUCAUCAAAAAUAUCAUUUACUGGCUCCAAGUCACCGACUGCUGGCCUGGGUGAUCCAGAAAAACAAUCCAUGGUAUCCAGUAUAGAUAAGUCAUUUGGGCCCUCAAGUCCACAAAAAGCCUCUGUUCCUUCAAGUGCCAAAAAGUCAGUCAGGCGCUCGAGUCAACAAAACCCAUCCAAGCCAUCAAAUCCCAAAAAAGUGUUAGGAUCACCCCCGCAGGAAAAGUUGCAUAGAACACGUAGUCCAAAAAAGGCACAUAGGCGGGCUCAUGCCCAUAAGCUAGUCGGUCAGGUCAGUCCAUCCUAUCCAAAGAAAGCCACCAAGCCAACUUGGCCAUCAAGUCUACAGUGUCAGGUCAAGCCAACCAAAACUCCUCUACUCUAUUCAAAGAAUCAAAGCUUCCCUGAGCAAUCCAGUGUAGAGAAACUGACCAAACGCCAGAGAUAUCUUAAACCAAAAUGCCCAACUAGUGCAGGUAGGGCAGAAAUAUUAUCUAGGCCUCAACCAGUGAAGUUUUGUCGAUGCUACAAGGAAAAAUGCCUCGUUUGCAGAGCUGUUUCUGAGCCAUUCAUCACUCAUAUUUCAGAAGCAAAUAUAAAGCAUGUUCCAGUUCCACUUUUUUCACGUGAAUUGAAGCACUUUUACAAGUCAUAUAAAAAGAAACCCAGAUACAUCACACUGUAUGGCAACAUGGGUGACAGUGAUGUCACAACAUAUAACAGUGAUGGUGACAGUGACAGGGAGGUGACUAUACUUUGUGAUAUAAAAUGCAAGGAAGACAUCUAUAGAAACUCCCGAUAUAAUUAAGGGAUCAAAAAAUAAACAACCACCCAUGCAGAAGAAGCAAACUUCUAUGAACUAUUAUAUGCUCACCAUAUUUAAGAACCUGGUAAAGGAAAACUCCACUUGGUAUCACUAUUGAGAUUAGACUUAUAUUCAUCUUGAGGCAAUUUACUUGAAAAAUAGUAAAUAAAUAUGUGACAUAACAAC